AAAAAAAAAAAAAAAAAAAAAAAACAGAAAAAAGGAAAAAAAAAAAAAAGAAAGAAAAAAAUCAACCAACCCAGCAAACCACCCAACCCAACAUUUCUUUUUUUUUCAUGGAGAGCAAAAACCCCCGGCAAGCGGAGGAGGACCGGGACUCCUUUGCGCGGAGACCUUUGCAUCAAAAUGCUGAUAGUAGAAAAAACGACUGACUACCCUUCAGCUGAGUACUCCCUGGUGGAGGAUGUAGCCCUCCACUUCACCUGUUUGAUGGACAGACUGAACGAGCAGCGCCUCUUUCAGCCGGACCUGUGCGACGUGGACAUCGUGCUGGUGCAGCACAAGAGCAUCUUCCCGGCGCACAAGGGGGUCCUGGCAGCCUACAGCCAGUUCUUCCACUCCCUCUUCACCCAAAACAAACAGCUGCAACGCGUGGAGCUCUCGCUGGAGGCUCUCACCUCUCAAGGCCUCCAGCAGAUCCUCAACUUCAUCUACACCUCCAAGCUCCUCGUCAACUCCUGCAAUGUGCAGGACGUGUUGAACGCGGCCGCCGUGCUGCAGAUGAACAACAUCGCCUCCUCCUGCCAGGACCUCCUUGACACCCGGUCCCUCAGCCUGGCUGCUGACAUGGCCCUGCCUGCUGAGGGCUGUGCUGGACCCCCACCCUACUACUGCGAGAUCAAGCAGGAGGUGGAUGCUCCUCACCCCAAGAUCUACGCGCGGGAGGGCAACGACCCUUACUCGGUGCGGGUGGAGGACGGAGCGGGUGGCGGGACGCUCCCUCCUGGUCCAGCCAAGCAGUACUACAAGGAGGAGAAGGAUGGUGGUGCUGGCACUGUCUGUAAGAUGGAAGGUGAGGAGUCCGAAGAGGACCUGGAGAGCCAAGGCUCCUACAACAGGGAGCAGAUCAUUGUGGAGGUGAACCUCAACAACCAAACCCUCAACGUCUCCAAGGGCACGGAGGGGAAGGCGGCUGCCGGCGAGGCCUCGGUGAUGGGUCGGGCUGAUGGCGAUGGACGCGACACGGAGGAGGAUGGGGAGGAGGAAAAUGAGGAAGGGGAGGAGGAGGAGGAAGAGGAGGAGGAUGCGGAGGUGGGGGAGGAGGAGGAGGAGGAGCACAGCGAGGAGGAAGACCUGGAGGAGACAACAGAAGAAGAGGAUGACGACGAUGAUGAUGAAGAUGCCUUGGAGAUGAAAAGAGAAAAGGGAGGGUCCCGCAGAGGCAGCCGGGCAUCCAGAGCCACCAAACCUGCCAUGGCAACCAGGUCCCAGGAGAUGGCCAAAGUGGAGGAGGAGGAAGAGGAAGAAGAGGAAGGUCAGCGAGGGAGGAAGAGGAAAAAGGAGCAGGACGGGUUGGGGCAGAAAGUGAAGCUGGAGGAGAAGCAGCACUACCCCUGCAAGAAGUGUCCCCGGGUCUUCAACAACCGCUGGUACCUGGAGAAGCACAUGAACGUCACACACAGCAGGAUGCAGAUCUGUGACAAGUGUGGCAAACGCUUCCUGCUGGAGAGUGAGCUGCUGCUGCACCACCAGACUGACUGUGAGAAGAACAUCCAGUGCGUGACCUGUGGGAAAGGGUUCAAGAAGCUCUGGUCCCUCCAUGAACACAACAAGAUUGUCCAUGGCUAUGCUGAGAAGAAGUUCUCCUGUGAGAUCUGUGAGAAGAAGUUCUACACCAUGGCCCACGUGCGCAAACACAUGGUUGCUCACACCAAGGACAUGCCCUUCACCUGUGAGACCUGUGGGAAGUCCUUCAAGCGCAGCAUGUCCCUCAAGGUCCAUUCUCUCCAGCACUCUGGGGAAAAGCCUUUUAAAUGUGAGAACUGCAACGAGCGCUUCCAGUACAAGUACCAGCUGCGUUCCCACAUGAGCAUCCACAUUGGCCACAAGCAGUUCAUGUGCCAGUGGUGUGGCAAGGACUUCAACAUGAAGCAGUACUUCGAUGAGCACAUGAAGACACACACAGGAGAGAAGCCCUACAUCUGCGAGAUCUGUGGCAAGAGCUUCACCAGUCGCCCCAACAUGAAGCGGCACCGCCGGACCCACACCGGGGAGAAGCCCUAUCCCUGUGACGUCUGUGGCCAACGCUUCCGCUUCUCCAACAUGCUCAAAGCCCACAAGGAGAAAUGUUUCCGAGUCAGCAAUCCUUUGCCAUCGGACACGGCCAACCCUCCACCUCCUGCCAACCCAACUCCAUUACCCCCCGGCCCCGGCGUUUCCCCUUUGCCCCUGCCGCUGCUUCAUCCCCUCCCACAGACCCUCCCUCCUCCUCCUCACCUACCGCCGCCCCCUCCCCUCUUUCCCGCGGGGAGGAUAAAUUCAAACAACAAUUAGGUGACCCCUCCACCCUGGCCUUGUGCCCGCACGGACUGCUCUGCCCUUGGGCAACAUCUCCCCCACCCUUGGGGAGCCAAAGCUUUGCUUGCUCUCUACCCCACUCCCCUCCCCCCUGCCCCAUUUCUCUUUGGUUUUGGGGUUGUUUUGGGAGAUUUAUUUUGAUUUUUUUUUUCCCCUCACCCGUCGUUCUCCACAGAGAGGAAACACCUCCUGCCCUGGGAAAAGACCUUGAAGGUUUUUUCCAACCUUCUUAAUUUGAGGAACGUGGAUGUUGGGGUUGAGGGGGGGGGGAACCGCCAUCCGUCUGUCCGUAAAGGUGGAGGUAGAAGGGAUCAUCUCCUACAUCAGCUGCGUCUUCAUGAGGCUCAGAGGAGCAGGGGACCACACUGCCUGGGGCUGAGCUCACUGGCACUGUGUCCCCCCUCCCAAGCUGGACAGAUGCCCAACAGCACCUCAAUAUUUAUAACAAGCCCAAACCCAGCUAGUGGUGCUCAAAUCCCUGUACUGUAAAGCUCUUUCCAUUCAGGCUCUUUUUUUCUUUUCCCCAAGAGGUCAAAAUGGGCACCAUGAAGGAGCCUCCACCCCCUCCCCCCUCUCUGCUGGCCCUGGUGGCCCAUGACAAGCAAGUAGAUGUCCCCAUUGGAAGGUCAUCAUCCUGCUCUCGUCAGCAGCCCUCACCAUGUCUUCCUUCCCCUUUCCUCCUGGCUGGGUGAAAGCACAACCUUUGGUGGCAUCGUGGCUUAGGGCAUUGGUAGCCCACUACCAGUUCAUUUUUGGGGUGUCCUAAGGGAAGUGGGAGCUGGUGGGAGCUUUCUGUGCAUCCUAGCAGGAGCUGGGCUCCUGUAGAUGCUCUGAAGUUGGUAGGGUGGCUCUGGGAGAGCUCAGGUGGCCUCGGGGCUGGUGGUGGGAGGGUGGCUCCAUGGCAGCCUGGGAUGGAGGAGCUGGACAAUGCCAUUUCUUGGCAGAAACAGCCCCAAAUAGUGCCUUAACAAUUCGAAUAAACCCCUGACCGAUGGGUGAGCUCCAAGUUGGGUCCCACUGCAAAGUUUAGAGCUAAAGCAAGACCCAUCCUCCAGCUUGUUGACGGCUUUGCUUUCCCAAGCUUUAUCCCUCUCUAGGGGGUUGGCAGCUCUUGCCCUCCCUCUUGGCCUGAUGGGACCAGAGGAGACCAAUGAGGACUUCUGUUGGUUUGGUGAUGCCCCAUGGUGUUGGUUAGGACUUCUCUGACCAUGUUGUGCUUGCUGAAGUUGAGCUGGUCUUUGGCUUCAGUUAUUCAGGCUGGUUUCAUGCUUCAGAGGAGGAGGAGGAGGAGGAAAGCCUUCACCAUUACCUUUUUGUUGGACACUGGGGUCCAAGCUGGGUCUCUCACUGCUUUGCUCUGCCCUGGGGUGCUGUGUGGUGGCCUGACCAUGGCUGUGUGGUCACCCUGCCUAGAGAAAUGUCCCCUUAUUAGAGGUCAGGGAGAGCUGGGAGCAUUGCAGGGGUUGCAAGACAUCCAGCACGGGUGGGGAGGUGCUGGCCAAGAGUUGGGGUGUUGAUGGCUUCUUCCCAGGGCCAGCACUCUGGAUUUUUGCUGACAUGGGGCAUCACAGAAGAGGUGGUGAGCAGGGCUGUUGGUGGUCAGGAAGGAAGAGAGGACCUUGAGCAGCUGCUGCAGGAGCCCAUUCCCAUUGGCACCUUGGUCUGGGCAAUAUGGGGGUGCUGGGGACAGGGACCCACAUCUGGCUCUGCAAGAUGUCUUGGUCUUUUGACUCCUGGAUCAGAUCAGCAAAGCAUUUGGGCAGUGUUGAGGCUGUCCCUGCAGAGCUGGGAGGAUUCAGCCACCUGCUCAGGAGCUUUGCUGAGUGGGGACGUGGAGGACCCUGAGAGGGAUGGGAUGGGAUGGGAUGGGAUGGGAUGGGAUGGGAUGGGAUGGGAUGGGAUGGGGGAGCACCCACUGUUCUCAGCCCUGUUGGAGGUGAUGGGUUGGGUGACUGAUGUCCCCUUCUGCUGAGUGGUGCCCCCCAUGCCUGAUGUCUCUUGGAAAACUGGCUGCUCUUGUGGGUCUCAGCACAUUGGAGCAACAAACUGCUUCUUACCCUCAUGUUGGAUGGGAUCCUGUGGACCCCCAGCUCCUCAGUCAGUACCAAUGGGCUCAGCUCCAGCUGCUUUGAGCAGUGGGAGGAUGCUGUGGCAGAGCUGCCUUGCUAUUUUGAUCUUCUUAGAUAGGUACCAAAGGCUUCUCUGCCCUCCUUCCUCUAUGACCCUGAAGCUUAUUGGGAUGGUGCAAAACCUUCUCAAACACACACCUGGGAGGGAUCUGGGCACUCAGCUCUUGGGGCCAUUGGCUUUCUGAAAGGACCCUAACCCAAACUGAAAGAAAUUGCUUUAAAAAAAAACCUUUAGUGAUACUCUUGGAGGUGUUGGAGGGCCUCAAUAGAGUGGUCCAUGCCAUUCCCUCCUCUGCUGCCUCCUACACCCCAUCCCCUCGGGCUCCCUUGCACUUCUUUCCCCUCACACAGCCUUGACAUGGGAUUGGAGUACUGCACUCGAGGAGGACUCCCCUUGCCUGUAGGAUCUUCUGUGAUGGAGCCUAUUAGCCUGCCUGGCUGAUAGACUUCUUCUCCCCAAGGAAACCCCUGGCACCAACAUGUUCUCCCACGUUGGUGGCUUUUCCCGUCCCAGUUCAUCCUUUUCUGGUGAGGACCUGUCCCACUUGGACCUCACUGCAUGAUGAGAACUCCUCUUUGAGUCUAGAAGCCCAGCAGAAAGCCCAGCAACUCCUCCCAACCACAUCUGAUCCCCUUGGAGAGUCUGCCCGGAGAGCCACGUGGAGGCAUCGAGAUGUGACCAUGCACACAGCACUUUGGAGAACCAGAUCCCUGCUGCUCCCUCCCCUCUCCAAGGCCUGAGCAGUACCCAGGAGUCCUACAGGGACCUCUGAGCCCUUUUGUCUACCCCCUGAUUUGGCCCCCAUGUGUCUCUUCAUGUCUGGUUUUCAUGGAUGUACUAAGAGCUCAAAUCCCCAGCUCUUGUCCCACCUCCAUCCCACCCAGUCCAUGUUGGGUCAGAUAAGGCAGGAGGUCAGGGCUGUUGGGUCUGUUGGUUUCAAGCUUUUUUUUUUUUAAUAUAUAUUGUAUUUUUUUUUAUUUUUUUUCAUUGUUGUUAGUUGGUUUAACUCUUGCACCUUAAUCUCUCACAUCCCUUCCUCAACGGGCAGCGAGGGUGGAGAGGGGCUUGGUUUCCAUGACUCAGUUCACGACUCAACGUUGAGCUGACAACUCAGCCCAACCCCAGACCUCUCCAGGUUUGAAUUUAAUUUUUUCCACAACCCCCCCACCAACCACCACCACCCACCACCCACCCCUGCUUCAUUUGAACUCUGGAGAGGGAGGGAGUCCUGUGGGGAGGGUUGUUGUUUGAUUUAGAUAUCCCAGGAGCCUGGUAGCACAGACCAGUUAGCCUCAUCAUGGCCAUGAGGCAUGGCUGGCCCCUUCGGACCACAGCCAUAACCCCAGCAUGGUGGGAAGGUGAUGGAUGGAUGGAUGGAUGGAUGGGUGGAUGGAUGGACAGCCGGUGGGUGGGAACGGCUGUGACAGUGCAAUAGAGAUGAGCAUCCGCUGCUAGACAACUCCAUUGGUUUGCCAGAAGUCAAGAGGGAAGGAUGGAUGGAUGGAUGGACAGACACCCUUUGUUCACAUGGAUGGAGAGAUCUUCCCCGUGGGCAGCCCUGCCUGGUGACACCAAACCACGAUAGGAGUUGGGUUGAACUUGCACAGGAAGAAAAAAAAAAAGGAACUAUAAAAAAAAAAAAAAAAAAAAAAAGGAAUUUAAAAAAAAAAAAAAAAAAAAAAAAAGGAGGAGUAAGAUCAACCUCAGUCAUGUGGUGGAAGUUGAAGGAAAUGAAUGAAAACCCCAAGCACUUGCCUCGAAACUGGGUUCUCAUGCCUGGUGUCCUGCUCUGGAUUAUUUGAUGGCAUUCGGUAUCGGUUGCCCCGAAACCACCAAGUUCAGAGUGUGUUGGUGGCUCUGCUGGUGUGGACAAACUAAAAUGAAGCACUUUAUUCUGUAUAGGUAAGGGGAGAUGGGGAGGGAAAGCUUGGAUGCUUUUCGGGAGCGUCUUAAGUCAUGUUCUAGGAAAUGUAUUAUUAUUAAUUAUUAUUAUUAUUAUUACUUUUUUUUUUUAUGACCAUGUGUAAUCAAUAUAUGUUUAUCUUUAACUCCAAGUACAGCAGUUACUCUCUUUGGGAUGGUGUGGUGAGGGGGAGGCUGAGAGGGUGGGCUCAGUCCAUCAGCACAGGGCCAGUUGGGGCAAGUCCUGGUCUACUGGAGGAAAGGGGGAGUUUUGGCUUUGUCGAUGGCCCCGUUGGCCAAUGUCCAGGAGGUCCCAAGAGGACUCAAGGAGGUCCCAAGAGGUUCCAAGAGGACACAGCUCACAGUUAUCCUUAGCACCAGCCUGCAUCCCCAUCCUGGGCCAUCUUCUGCCUGGAGGUGCUGGGGCUGCUCUCUGGGCCACCAGAUGGGUCACAGUUGUCUGGUUUGGGUUGUCCUCAGAGGCCAAGUCCUUGGCCAUGCUUUGAAACCUUCUUUUGGCUUCUCACCAAGGCACGUCAGGGGUCUCAGAGCCCUGAAAGUGGUGAGAGGUCAGAACUGGGCCUUUCCACUGCGUUCUCCCAGUCUGGAAGUGUUAUGACUGUUACCAAAGAGGUUGCAAGUGGAAGGACUGAUCCAAUAAACGAUU